UGCCGCCGUCGUCCGUGCCGGCGGAGGAAGAUGGCGGCGGGGCGCUGACGGGACGGGACUGGGCCGCUCCGCACGCACCGCGCCGCGCCGGGAGGGCCGAGGCUCCCGCUGCGCUCCGGGACGGGCCGCGCCGCCCCCGUGACGGACCCUCCAUGGCCGCGGGGCCGGCCCAGCAGCCGCGUCCCCGCUGGGCCUGCUCGGGUCGCGCAACCCCCGGGCCCCGCCGAGGUAGCGGCCCGCUGAGCCCCGAGGCCUGGCCCGGGCCUCGCCGGGCCUGACCCGCUCUCCGCUCCGGAGGCGUCUGCGCGCAGGAGGCCGGGCCGGGCCCGGAGGGUCGCCCCUGAGGAGAGGGGGCCGGGGGCAGCGUCUGCCCGGUCCACCCGGCGCCCUGCACCGGGCAGCUCCCGCGGCUUCUCCCCGGCCUCUCGGCGGCAGCGCUCGACCUUCGUCCCCUCCGAAGCGGUCGCUCGGCCCCAAGCCCGCUGUGCGGCGGGGGAUCGGUCCCUCCGGCCCAGGUCAGUGCUGCCAGCGCCCCUCGGCUCCCAGCCGCAGGCGUCAGGAUGUCCGAGAACCAGCCGAACGCCAACAACCACCACCCGGCUAACAACAACGGGGGCGGUGGGGCUGCCGGGGGCAACAACCGGGGCGUCCGCAACCCCAACCUCAACCAGAACCCCUUGAUCAAUGUGCGCGAUCGCCUCUUCCACGCGCUCUUCUUCAAGAUGGCAGUGACCUACGCUCGCCUCUUCCCACCCUCUUUCCGCCGCGUCUUCGAGUUCUUCGUCCUCCUCAAGGCUCUCUUUGUGCUGUUCAUCCUGGCUUACAUUCACAUCGCCUUCUCCCGCUCGCCCAUUAACUGCUUGGAGCACGUGCGAGAUAAAUGGCCACGCGAUGGCAUCUUGCGUGUGGAAAUACAGCGCAACUCAAGCCGAGCCCCGAUCUUCCUGCAAUUCUGUGGUGUCGAGAAGUUCCCGGGAAUGGUAAUUGAAUCCACAGCUGAGGAAGAGGAGGAAGAAGAGGAGGAAAUGACCGUGGAUAUGUUUGAAAACAGCUCUAUCAAGUUUGAGCUGGAUAUCGAGCCCAAGGUGUUCCUCAAGCCAUCCCGAGUGAGCAGCACUGAGGCACUGCCCCACAAUGAAAGCCAGGAGUUCUCGUUUAGUGAAGCAGCCACUAAAGGUAUGCAGCCUCUGAGGGAGACUGUGUCCGAGUUUGAGAUGCUAGCCAGAGCAGUGUGGCCACAGGAGGAGUACAUUGUGGAAUACUCGUUGGAGUACGGGUUUUUGCGCCUGUCCCAGAGCACUCGGCAACGCCUCAGCAUUCCGGUCAUGGUGGUGACUUUGGAUCCUACCAGGGAUCAGUGCUUUGGGGACAGGUUCAGUCGCCUAUUGCUGGAUGAGUUCCUGGGUUAUGAUGACAUCCUGAUGUCAAGUGUCAAAGCUUUAGCUGAAAAUGAAGAAAACAAAGGUUUCCUUCGGAAUGUGGUGUCUGGGGAGCACUAUCGCUUUGUCAGCAUGUGGAUGGCUAGGACUUCGUAUCUGGCAGCCUUUGUCAUCAUGGUCAUAUUUACCCUGUCUGUUUCGAUGCUGUUGCGCUACUCGCACCAUCAGAUCUUUGUCUUCAUUGUUGACCUGUUGCAGAUGCUGGAAAUGAACAUGACAAUUGCCUUCCCUGCAGCUCCCCUCCUCACUGUCAUUCUGGCUCUAGUAGGUAUGGAGGCCAUUAUGUCCGAGUUCUUCAAUGACACCACAACUGCAUUUUACAUCAUCCUCAUCGUGUGGCUGGCUGACCAGUACGACGCUAUCUGUUGCCACACCAAUACGAGCAAGAGGCAUUGGCUCAGGUUCUUCUAUCUGUACCACUUUGCCUUCUAUGCUUACCACUAUCGAUUCAACGGGCAGUACAGCAGCCUGGCUCUCGUCACCUCGUGGCUCUUCAUCCAGCACUCAAUGAUUUACUUCUUCCACCACUAUGAGCUACCAGCCAUUCUCCAGCAGAUCAGGAUCCAGGAGAUGCUGUUGCAGAACCAGCAGGUAGGCCAGGGGACUCAGACGACGCUCCAGGACAACCUCAACAACAACACUACAGCUGCCCCCGUUGACGUGGGGGGCCGCCGGCCCCACCUGGCCGCCGGCCCCUCUGGGGAGAGCAGCAGCCCGGCUGCCCUGACUCCCAGCGAGGCCUCCAGCGUCAUCGCCGCUGCCACUGCGGCUUCUGUUGGGAGUGAUCUGAACUGGGUAGCCGAGACAGCUGCCAUCGUUACAGAAGCCUCGUUUCUCUCUGACCUGAGCACUACCCUCCUGGAGCCAAACGUGGUGCACGAAGCUGUGGCCAAUGGGAACCCGCAGGACGCCGCUGCUGCCUCCAGUUUGGUUGCCCGCAUCAGAGUCAGCAGCGACCACCCGGAGACAGCCAUGGGUUCCAUCACCAUUGAAGUCACUUCAACAUCUGUGGUGGCUGCAGCAGAUGUUCCCCCAGCUGCAGAGGUGCCACCAGCUGCGCCCCUCGUCCCGCUGCAGGAGGAGGGGGCUUCAGUCCCCAGCCCUCCCCUCCCUGCACAGACUGAGGCUGUCAAGGGCUCAGACAGCCAAGCAAAACCUAGUGGCAAGAACUGCGUUGCGAACAGCAGUGUGGUAGAGACCCCUCUGGCCUUGGUGGAGGACACUGAUCAGGACAGACGUUUGGGGCGUGCUCUUGGGGACUGGGGAGAAAGCAGCCCUUGCCCAGCACCAGCGGAUAGCACACCUAGCUCCAAACCUUGCUCGGAGCCAGACUCGAGGAGCCUGUCUUGAGUCCCUGUUACUGUAAUUCUGGACUGCCAGGAAGGCAUUUGGAUUUUGUUUGUUACUAUUUCUCACUUCACCAUCAUCCUUAACCCAUGAAUUCCUCUUAGCAGAGGCAGAGCAGCUGGGACAGAGAAAAGGUGCUGCAGUGGACUCCCCUGGGAACAGCACGUGAGAGCCUGAUGUGCGUGGGACUGCCGGGAGGGAGGGACGAGGCCUGCGAGGCUCAGGGCCCUCGUCCCGAGGCUGUGGGCAAGCAGGCUGCCUGCUCGAGCCCUGCAGUCACUCCCCUGCCCCAGCUUUUCCUUGCCCCUGGCUGCCCCAGCUUUGCCCCCUGCAGUGGCAUUUGCCGUCCAGAUGCUGAUAGCAAGAGCUGAUGUGGGACAGCCCACACGUGUGUGGCAGCUUUCUGGUUAGAAUAGCAGCUGCAUGUGGACGGAGAGUUUUCUGACACCUGCAGGAGAGCUGCAAAAACCAGAGGAGAAACCUGGUGAACUUUUCCUUCUCUUUAAGGGGAAGAGGAGCUUAAGGCCUUCCCCAGACACUAGAUGUGCUCACGCCAGGGCAAAGCUGGGCGAUAACCAAAGUAGAAGCUGCAAUUCAGCCCCAUUUUUUUCUGUCCUUGAACUUCCCUCGGUCAGCGGGUUUGGGGGGUAGAAGCUGCUGUGUCCAGGUUGGAGCUUCCAUCCCCAGAGAGAUGCAUUUGGCUGGACUGGGAAGCAGCAGCGUUGAUUCCCAUGCUGAUCAGCCCUGGAGAAGUGCUGUCCCUUCUGCCACUGGUGACCUCUGCGAGGGCGUUCAGAAUUUGGCCUCUCUUAGGUGUGUGUGGCCAGCAUAAAAUAGGAGCUCCAGGCACAGGCAGAUGGUAUCAAGUAAUUCCUGCUGGGAGCUGAUCUGUAGUGUCAGUGUCUGUGGAUACGUUUGGGAUGAGGAGGACAGCAGCUCCAUCUCUGUAUGACUCUGCUUUUUGGCACCUGCUGCUGUGGGUGAUGUAGUUUUGCUUUUCAGUGCCUUGUCCCUUAAAUGGGACACGUUUGGGUUUAAGAUCAGCCCCAUCCCAGAGGAGAGAGAUCAGCUUUUCACUGGCUGAACUGUUGCAUGAGAUGGUUUAGCAAAGAACCAAAACACUAAAGCCAAGACAUUUCAGCUAAUUUUUCCUCCUUUCCCUGGCAGCAGAGGUGAAGCUGGCUGUGCCUGACCCCUCUGCCGUGCUGCUGGGGGACUGGGACGGGCACCGGCUGCCCCCGAGGACGGGCUGGACCCACAUGAUGUGGCUGAAGGAGGCAUUGUGCUGGCAGGUAGAGCGGAGGCAGGAGUGCGUCCCGGCUGUAGGGUGGAGAGGAGAGAGGAGCUUGGGGAGUGACGUGGAAAAGCGCAGUGCUGGCAGGUGGCUCUGCUCUUUGUGGGGGGCUGUGGAAGUGUCCCCGAGUUCAACGUCGUCUCUCCACAGCUGAGCAGCGUCUGUGGAGUCCAUCUCCCUUGGAGGUGCAUUUUGGUGUCUUCCACCAGGAAAGAGUUUCCACAUCAGCACUGGGGGAUCUCAGAGCCCCCCGCUUCACCGUCUCUGCAUUUCCCACCCAGGGGCCCCCCUUACUAUUUUUUUUUUUUCUUUUUGUCUCAAGAAGCCCUGGGUGUUCUCUGGGGAGUGGGGGAGCCUGCUCAUGCCCCGCAUGCCAGAUCCUUCUGCAGCCAGCCUCCCUGGGAAGGGGCCGUGGCGCCUGGCUCCCUGCUCCGGCAGGAGUGUGCCAGAGAGCAUGGAAUAAUCGUAGGCUUUUAAGAGGA